UAGAAGAUGGCGGACUGCGUUUCACUGUUAGAUGAGGAGCUCUCUUCUUUUGUCUUCAAUUACCUGACAGAAAACUCUGGCAGCCAGUAUGGGGAGGAGGAGGUCUGCUCGGACCGCUUGGACGCUGACUUCCCUGAUAUUGACCUCUCUCAGCUGGACGCCAGCGACUUUGACUCAGUCAACUGCCUCAGCGAGCUCCACUGGUGCAACGACAAUGCCGACAUCUCCCCUGCCUCCAUCCAGUACAGCACAGGAGACCCCGAGCUCUUUGAGAUAGAAGAUGAGAAUGCGGCACUGCUGGCUGCUCUCACAGACAGCCUGGACGGCAUGGUGGAGGACGAGGAGGGGGGGCUGUCUGUGUUUCCCUCGCUGAGGGAGGGUUCCGAGGAGGACCUCCCCUUCCCUUCAGGCUCCCUGAGCCCAGAGACAGAAGAUCCGUCUCUACUGAAAAGGCUCCUGCUGUCCCCCCCUAACGUGCCCAUGGGCCUGGAGUCACACAAAGAGGGCAGCAGUAGCAGUGUGCAUCGCCAUAGCAGCCGGAGCCUGCAUAUGAAACCUGUCAGGCCUUUGGUUAAGCGUGAAAGCACACAUCAUGAGCGUAAGCCCCGAGCGGUGCGACCAGCUGGACGUCUGUGCACAGAGCUCCACCGGCACCUGACCACCACACAGGAGGCCGAGGACACUCCUUCAGCUGACACAGAGGAGGACGGGGAGGAGGAGGAAGAUGAUGAUGAGGAGGACAGUGAGUCCGAGGAGGAAGAAGAAGAGGAGGAGACCUCGAGCAGUGAGGGUGAAAGCUCCACCCCGCCUGAGCCCUCCAAGCCCCAGUUCUCCUCUGAGAAAGAACUGCACUCUGUGGUGGAGCUCAUCAAGUACAUGCACACAUACUGCCUCCCCAUGCGCAAGCAGGCCAUCUGGGAGCGCAAGGAGCGCGAGGGCCCAGGCCAGGUACGCAGGGCCAGGCCUGAGUACCCUCCUCGUAUCUCCCCAAACUGUCACAAGGCUGCAACCCAGGCCCAGAUCUGCGCCCCUCGGCUGCGCCACGCCUUCACCCGCAGACGGGAGUUCAAAGCCAACUCUCUUCUGCGCGAACUGCUCGAAACAGUCAAAUCCUUUGAUGUGAGCAAGCCUUACAGACUCCACAGCCCCCCCUACACCCAUAACAGAGGAGCUAUCCCCAAAGCAGCGCAGGAGAGAAAGACUGAGACCCCCAGUCCGGCUGCCCGUUCGACCAAACCAGAGCUUAGAAAAGACUCCGAGAGCGACAGGUCCCUAGAGGCCCCUAAGAGCCCCGAUCUGGAGGACGCGUCUUUCUCUGUCCGCCGCUCCCGCAGGCUCGCCUCUUUCCCCAGCCGCUUCGCCAAGAACGUGCGUGCGGGCCGGAUUAGGGUGGAGCCUGUGUCGGGAGCCGGGCACCUUGGCGAGGAGGACAUGGCGGUCAAACACCCCAUGGGACACGGCCUGGAGAAAGACACCACCACCCCUAACAACAGUACUUCUUCCCAAACCACGGCAGACACAGCUGAACCCGAUAACAUCUGCUGUCAAAAUGUGAAACGCAGCUGCCUCUGUCUGCCGCUGACUCCCAUAUCUACAGGAGAUACCCAGUAUGCCAACAAGCCAUUUGAGCAGACUCUCAGCGUGGACCUGUGUGGCACAGCAGGCCUCACCCCUCCCACCACCCCCCCUCACAAGCCUGUGGAGGAUGAGCUGUUCAAGCCUGAGGGGAAAGGAGAGUCCCACCCGAAGGGUUCAUGGCUCUCCCGGGCCAACUCCCGCAAGUUCCCCGAGCAGACCGAACUCUACGCUCAGCUCCGCAAGAUGGGCCAGGCCAGCGAUGCAGAUCCCAACGUCCACCAGACGUUCGGAGACCACGACUACUGCCUGCUGAGCCUGGGGGAGCGUCGGAAGAGAACCGCCGCCAUGCUGUCCCACUCUCUGUUCGGACGCUCUUCUUCUGAAGGGCCAGAGCCGAAGGGGGAAAAGGCGCUGGGGGGCGAGAGGCAUGGACAUCAGCGUGAAGACAAACUCUUCUCCAAGGUACCAGAGUACCUGAGUAACGGUACCAGGGCUGACAGCAAGGGGGACGGACAGAGGGCGACCGCGGCAUCACCCCAAUCAGAAUCGCCCCAUGCUAUAUCACCCCACAAGUCAGAUGAAGAGGGGGAGCGCUCCUCCCUCUGCUCCCGCUCUCCCUCCCCCAUCCUCCACUCCAGCUUCUGCCAGCCCCACUCCCCUAGCAGUAAGCCUGACAUCAGCUGCGAGAACUCUGAGACGUGCCACGGAGACAAGCAGGGGAACAAAAUCUCCAAGUCUGGGAUUCAAAUUGACGAGGACAACUGCCAAGUGUUCUACAUUCACAACCUGCCGAGCAGCGUCACACAAAUUAUGCUGCGCAAACGCUUCGAGGCCUUUGGCGACCCAGAGGACUGCAAAGUCAUCACCAAAAAUGAGGAGCGCUGUGGAGUCAUCAAGUUUCGUCAAGCGCCCAGUGGCCAGCAGAUCCAGAAGCCCAGACGAGAGCCGCUCUUCCAGAACAGAGGGGGUGGCAUGCACAGGCUCAGCAGGAAGAGAUACAUUGAUCUGGACGAAGCGGGACCAGGGCCGGUAAAGAGCAAGUAUGACGCCCUGGACUUUGACACCCUGCUGAAGGAGGCCCAGAAGAGCCUGCAUCGCUGACGGGGACUCGGCUGGCCUCGCCUUAGAACCCCCAGACUUGCCUCAGUACCUCAACCAAGGCACCUCGUCAUGUUUACAUUUUUAACAUUGGAAUAAGAAACGGACCUUGUCUCUUUUGACUGAGGAUACUACCGAGGAAGCUAGCGGGGGUUGGAGGGAUGGAGGGAAAAGCAACCAAACAACAUAGAAACUCUCUGAACACAAAAGCUGCUUUCUGUCUGUGUUCAUGACUUAUUCGUGACUUGUUCUCGCACCAUUGGGAGUGGGCGUGCAGGCGGGCGAGACCUUUGUAGCAAAUGUUUCUCCCUCCGUUGGUCAUUGUGGUGUGUGUGUCUGCGUGUGUGUCGUUUUUUUGUACCCCCUUGGUCACUACUGGUGCAACUGCAAGCUCGGCUGUAUUGGCCGUUACGUCGUACAGUAUAUAACGAGCCUGCUCUAUAUUAGCAAACUUGUGGAUGUUAAAACUAUGUGUGUUAUGACAUAAAAUACAAUAGCAGAAAAAUAAUUUUAAUAACUUAAGAGUUUACAAAUCGAAAAGGAAAAGAAAAAAAUCUUGUUUUAUGUCAUUUUAGUGCUUCCUUAAUUUAAUCUAUGCACUCUUAACGAGGUAAUAAUGUUUCUUCUCUCGACUUGUUCCCCCUACUCUGCCAGCUUUACUCUGAAGGUUCCCACUGCUGAAGAGAUAGACAACCUGCUAACAUAGCGUUUUCCAAACUCGGUCCUGGGCCCCCCCUGGGUACACAUCUAGUUUUUUGCCCCUAGCACUACACAGCUGAUUCAAAUAACCAACUCAUCCUCAAGCUUUGAUUAUUUGAAUUAUCUGUGUAGUGCUAGAGCAAAACCCAAAACGUGCACCCAGGGUGGACCAGGAUCGAGUUUGGGAAACGCUGUGCUAACACUAAUCUAGGAUGGCAGUCACUUCCUAUCCUGCCAACACAUAAAUGGGGUUAUGACAACCAAUACUAUUAUGUCAUGAAGUAAAGUUCAAGGCAUAUUUACCCUAUGAAAACUCACUCACUCUCUGUUGGAACAUGUGACUCAGUCAGUAAGUCGACUUAUUCAAGCACAGAGUAGAAUCAGACAUUUACUACAAGUUCCAGAUAUACCCUAAACCUUAGUAAUGGAAUGUACACCUGAAUGAUCUGAAUGUAGAGCCCCUGCCUGAAUCCAAAUGAUUAUUAUUAGGAUUAUUGUUAUUAUAUGAAUCCAAGGCUCUGUAUUCGUUAAUAGAGCUCUAAUGCAGCCUGUGUCUUUUGUGAUGCAGCCAGCAGAGUAGCUGAGGGAGAGCGAGUCCGAGGCUCACCGUACAGGGGAACUACCUCUGUAUCUGAUGAAGGCAGAGGUAAUACUACCAUUAACACCUGAGAAAGAUGGGUGGUGGGAUAUCAAUCCUGUUGAAGUCUGUUGAAAUUUCCCAGAGGUAUGGAUGGUACGACAUCAGUCAAGCACGUCAACCCCAUUUGCUUUCCUUCCCUCUCCUUCCCUCUCCUUCCCUCUCCUUCCCUCUUCCCUCUCCUUCUCUCUCCUUCCCACUUCCCUCUCCUUCCCACUUCCCUCUCCUUCCCUCUUCCCUCUCCUUCCCUCUUUCCUCUCCUUCCCUCUUCCCUCUCCUUCGCUCUCCUUCCCUCUCUUUCCCUCUCCUUCCCUCUUUCCCUCUCCUUCCCUCUCCUUCCCUCUUCCCUCUCCUUCCCUCUUCCCUCUCCUUCACUCUCCUUCCCUCUCUUUCCCUCUCCUUCCCUCUCUUUCCCUCUUCCCUCUACUUCCCUCUCUUUCCCUCUCUUUCCCUCUCCUUCCCUCUCUUUCCCUCUCCUUCCCCCUCUUUCCCUCUUCCCUCUACUUCCCUCUCCUUCCCUCUCUUUCCCUCUCUUUCCCUCUCCUUCCCUCUCUUUCCCUCUCCUACCCUCUCUUUCCCUAUUCCCUCUCCUUCCCUCUUCCCUUUCCUUCCCUCUUCUUCUCGGGUUCUCUCUCCCACUUUUUACUCUCUAUCUUCCUUCUACUCUGAAACACUUGUUUACUUCUCCCAAGCUCUCUGAUAGGUGAAGGAGGUCAGCUUGGUUUCCCCGCUAAAUCUCCCACCUCUCGCCUCGUGGCUAAAAACUCAAAAUAGAUUGUGUGUCAGUUUUUAGAGUCAGUCUCGACCGUGUAUCCAGUGUGUAUCUGAGUGAGUCUUCUGUCUGUGUCUCGUGUUUGGGUGAGCGCUGCCAUAGCUGGGGAUCCCAGGGGGACCCAUGGCCCUCUGGUGUGCUGGGAGACUGAAAACCUCUUCUCUCCCCCUCUUUUUCUUGUUUUCUUAAAGGACCAGGUCCCCCUGUCCUCUGGUCCCUCAAUACUGUGCAGCCUUUCUGUGUGUGGACAUGGGGCCUCGUGCUGCCCCAGCCUUGGCAAACCCCCUUUCCUUUUUGUCUAAGGUUUUAUCCCUGUCUCUACCCCACAUUUAAUCUCCUCCUCUUUACCACAUGAAGCUGAAUGUUUACAUCACUGAAUUCUCCUUCCACUUUAUUAGAGCGCACACUAAGUACAAAGACGCCUUAUAUUAGAGAGUAUCCUAUCAGGAUAUGCCUUCUUGGCUUACCCUAGAAGGUGUACUGAAUUUUUUUUUAAAUGUCAAUUUAGUGCUAUACAUACUGAUUGAGAAAUGAGUUGUCAUCUGAAAAACCCCUUACUAAUCAAAAGAAAAAAAGCUGAAAGAGUAUUUGUGCUUAGUAUGUAUACUACUAAACAGUGAGAGAAUGUGCAGGUUUACACAAUACAAUAUAUAUGAUAUAAUAUGUGUAUAUAUGAUAGAAUAUGUGUAUAUAUGAUAUGUGUAUAUAGCACUAUGUCUAGUGUAAACAUGAAAUGUGUCGUUGUGUCUAUACAGCGUGCAUUAUAAAGGUGGUGGGUCACGAUCGCAAAUCAGACUGGCAAGGAUAAACUGUUUUAGGAUGCAAGGUUGAACAAUACAGGGAGUCAUUUAUGCUGAAAUGACUUGCCUCAAGGCAAACACUGUUGUAUAAUGUUAUCCCUUUAGAUAUGCUAAGGUUUGAUUUUUUUUAUCUUUUAUGACAAAAUAUUUUUGAUGAUUUUUCUUUUUUUUAACGCAAUUGAGAUGCAAUACAUAUAUCGAUGAGAUUGGAAGGGGUUAUUUCAGUGGUUGGUUGUUAAAAUAUGACAGGAAUUGGAAGGGGUUAUUUCAGUGGUUGGUUGUUCAAAUAUGUCAGGGAUUGGAAGGGGAUAUUUCAGUGGUUGGUUGUUCAAAUAUGACAGGGAUUGGAAGGGGAUAUUUCAGUGGUUGGUUGUUCAAAUAUGACAGGGGCAAUCCUUGAAAACAGAUCCUGUAAAUUGACAAAUAAUAGCAAUGUGGUCAGUAAUGGUUUACAUCCAAAAAGUAAUGAAUCAAAACAUUAGAACAUGAAAAAAGCCCCAAAUAGUGAAAUAUCUGUUCACAACUUUUCAUGAAGGGAGCUCUAUCUAUUACACAUGUUGUUGGGACACAGGUCGUUCAACAUGUUGAAUUUCAUUGGACACUUAAUAAUUGGUAACUUGUGAACAUGUAAAACUCAUUUUGGAGAGGGGGAAAGAAAGUCCAUGUGCGUUUAAUAUUUUCGGAAUACUUGAUGCCAGCAGUGUGCUUCCAUCAGAAGAACUGAAUGACAGCAAACAGCCGAUUCUCACGAAGAGAGCCUUAAAACAAUAGGGAACAGCUAACUCUAUCACUGUUAUUACUGCUCUAGCUCCUUUCAAAUCCAAUGUGUUUUAUUCCUUACUGAAGUAAUUCAAACUUUUUUCAAUACAUACAGCCAUAUUAUAAAAGAUACAGUGCAUUUGGAAAGUAUUCAGACCCCUUCCCCUUUUCCACAUUUUGUUACGUUACAGCCUUAUUCCAAAAUGGAUUAAAUACAUAAAAAAUCCUCACCAAUCUACACACAAUAGCCCAUAAUUAAAGCAAAAACAGAUUUCUAGAAUGUCAGAGUAAAAAACCAAGCCAUGAGGUUGAACGAAUUGUCCAUAGAGCGCCUAGACAGGAUUGUGUCGAAGCACAGAUCUGGAAAAGGGUAGCAAACAAUGUCUACAGCAUUGAAGGUCCCCAAAAACACAGUGUCUUCCGUCAUUCUUAAAUGGAAGAAGUUGGGAACCCCCAAGACUCUUCCUACAUCUGGCCGCUAGGUCAAACUGAGCAAUCAGUGGAGAAGGGCCUUGUUCACGGAGGUGACCAAGAGCCCGAUGGUUACUCUGACAGAGCUCCAGAGUUCCUCUGUGGAAAUAGGAGAACUUUACAAAAGGACAACCAUCUCUGCAGCACCGCACCAAUCAGGCCUUUAUGGUAGAGUGGCCAGGUGGAAGCCACUCCUCAGUAAAAGACAUGACAGCCCGCUUGGAGUUUACCAAAAGGCACCAAAAGGACUCUCAGAUCAUGAGAAAUAAGAUUGUCUGGUCUGAUGAAACCAAGAUUGAACUCUUUGGCCUGAAUGCCAAGCGUCACGUCUGGAGGAAACCUGGCACCAUCCCUAUGGUGAAGCAUGGUGGUGGCAGCAUUAUGCUGUGGGGAUGUUUUUCAACGGCAUGGGCUGGGAGACUAGUUGAAGGAAAUAUGAACAGAGCAAAGUACAGAGAGAUCCUUGAUGAAAACCUGCUCCAGAGCUGGGGAAGAGGUUCACCUUCCAACAGGACAACAACACUAAGCACACAGCAAAUACAAUGCAGCAGUGGUUUCGGGACAAGUCUCUGAAUGUCCUGAGCGGCCCAGCCAGAGCCCGGACUUGAACCCGAUCAAACAUCUCUGGAGAGACCUGAAAAUAGCUGUGCAGCAACGCUCCCCAUCCAACCUGACAGAGCUUGAGAGGAUCUGCAUAGAAGAAUGGGAGAAACUCCCAAAAUACAGGUGUGCCAAGCUUGUAGCGUCAUACCCAAGAAGAUUCAAGGCUGUAAUCGCUGCCAAAAGGUGCUUCAACAAGGUGCUGAUUAAAGGGUCUGAAUACUUAGGUAAAUGUAAUAUUAUUUAUUUAUUUUUUAAAUUGUGCUAAAAUGUCCAACUGUUUUUGCUCUGUCAUUAUGGGUUAUUGUAAGUAGAUUGAUGAGAAAGAAAAUUAUUGAAUUCAUUUUAGAAUAAGGCUGUAACAGUUGUAUACAGUUGAAUACUUUCUGAAUGUACUGUAUAUACAUAUGAAUAUAUAUUUGUGUUUGUGUAGAUAUUUAGAUGAUUAUAUACUUUCUUAUUGAAAACUUUGAUGUUGACCAUUUUCCUCAGUGUUUCAGAGCACUUCGACACAUUUCAACAACUAGCCUGCUAUCCGUCUAGGAUUUGUUAGAUUGAGAGAUGAUCCAAAUUGAACUCCUUCCAAAGGGAACCCUCAUCAGAACAGAAUGCAAUACUUUCUUCCCAAUCUUCAUUUCAGAAAAUAGCGAGAAAUAAACUUGAGGCAAAUUGACCUCUUCCUAGGUUUUGGCCUUUCUAGGGAGUUUUUCCGAGCCAACGUGCUUCAACACCUGCAUUGCUUGCUGUUUGGGGUUUUAGGCUGAGUUUCUGUACAGCACUUUGAGAUAUCAGCUGAUGUAUGAAGGGCUAUAUAAAUACAUUUGAUUUGAUUUGAAAUUUGAUUUGAUUGACCAAAAACUAAAUUUGAUGUUGGCUUGAAAUUUAAUUUGGAGUACCUCGUCAGGUUGAUUUUCUAAAUGUCAUAUGUCCAGCUACAUGGCCCACACAAAUACACAAUAUAUACAAAAGUAUGUGGACAAUCCUUCAAUUUAGUAGAUUCGGCUAUUUCAGCCGCACCCGUUGCUGACAGGUGUAUCAAAUCAAGCACACAGCCAUGCGAUCUCCAUAGACAAACAUUGGCAGUAGAAGGGCCUUACUGAAGAGCUCAGUUACUUUCAAUGUGGCACCAUCAUAGGAUGCCAUCUUUCCAACCAGUCAGUUCGUCAUAUUCCUGCCCUGCUAGAGCUGCCCUGGUCAACUGUAAGUGCUGUUAUUGUGAAGUGGAAACGUCUAGGACCAACAACGGCUCAGCCGCUAAGUGGUAGGCCACACAAGCUCACAGAACGUGACAGCCGAGUGCUGAAGUGCGUAGUGCGCAAAAAUUGUCUGUCCUCGUUUGCUACACUCACUCCCAAGUUCUAAACCUUCUCUGGAAGCAACGUCAGCACAAUAAUAGCUGACUAUUUGUCGGGAGCUUCAUGAAAUGGGUUUCCAUGGCCGAGCAGCUGCACACAAGCCUAAGAUACGCAAUGCUAAGCGACGACGGACAAAUCUGGGUUUGGCGGAUACCAGGAGAACGCUACCUGCCCCAAUGCAUAGUACCAACUGUAAAGUUUGGUGGCGGAGGAAUAUUGGUCUGUGGCUGUUUUUCAUGGUUCUAGCUAGAACCAUUAGUUCCAGUGAAGGGAAAGCUUAACGCUACAGCAUACAAUGAUAUUAUUGCCGAUUUUGUGCUUCCAACCUUGUGGCAACAGUUUGGGGAAGGCCCUUUCCUGUUUCAGCAUGACAAUGCCCCACUGUUGAGAUCAGUGUGGAGGAACUUUACUGGCUUGUACAGAGCCCUGACCUCAACCCCAUCGAAUACCUUUGGGAUGAUUUGGAACGCCGUAUGCGAGCCCGGCCUAAUCGCCAAACAUCAGUACCCAACCUCACUAAUGCUCUUGUGGCUGAAUGGAAGCAAGUUCCAACAUCUAGUGGAAAGCAUUCCCAGAAUAGUGGAGGCUGUAAUAGCAGCAAAUGGGGGACCAACUCCAUAUUAAUACCCAUGAUUUUGGAAUGAGAUGUUCAAUGAGUAGGUGUCCACAUACUUUUGGUGAUGUAGUGUACAUAUUUAAGUUUUGACAUUUCAUUUAAUUGGAAAAUAUUGUAUCUUUAAAAUCCCCACCACGUUAAUAAAACGCCCUAUGGACAGAAAGUGCUUGCCAUACUGGUCCUAUAUAGGCCAUUGAAUCACCACGGAUCACUGUAUUCUGGAUGUAAAUGAUUGUGUCUGCACUACUACUAGUCGUGUGUAUCAAUGUUUUUUUGUAUCUUAGGCAGACAGAUGGGAACGUGAUGUAAAUGGUUACUUCGGGUGCUGCAAACUGUCACAAUCUAGCUAGCUGUGUGUGGGUCUUUGGUGGAAGAAAAACAGACAGAAAAGGGCACACAUGGUUUGUUUUGUGUUUUUAUUUUUUAUUUCUAGUUAUUUUUGUUCUAUUUACAUCUAAUGACUAUAAAAAUCAUUUUUUAACUUAGUUUUUGGUAUAUGGUAAAUACUAGUAAGAUUUUAUAUUUUUACAUAUGUUUGUUGUACUUUGCGUUUAUUCUUUUCUAUUUAUAUGCCACUUAGUUUGGAUGUCUUUUUCGGUUUUGUGUGAAUUCCUAUGUGUUGAGAAUGUAGAGACAAAAUGCAUUUCAGUAUUUUUGAAUUGUUAAAAUCUAGUUUCAUAGAUACAUUUAUCUAUAGGGGAAAUUAUCUGAUGUUAUAAAUUAUAUUUUAAUUCAUGUAAAUAGACUAUGGCUUCCUUUUAAACUGAAUACAUUUCUCUUCAGAGAUUGUUUACAUUAUUAAACUGUAGAAAUGUUCCUCAUAUACUGUAAAAAGUACAUAUUCAUUGAUUUGCCUCCCAAAAAUAAAAUCCUAAUGAACAACG